UACCAGAAACCGGAGACUUUUAUUUUUGGCCUCAAAGCACAUUAUCAUUGAUCAUUCCAACUGUUUCUCAGAAAAUAUAAGUAGAUGUGUAAUAUUUUGUUUCAAUCUGAAACGGUAAUUUAUUUUAGAUGUCAUUCCAACUGUUUCUCAGAAAAUCUGACUAGUAUGUCUGUGUAAUAAUUUUCUCAGUUUGGACACACCGCGUACCAGUAGUUCAACAAUGAGAUAUCCAGGGACUUUUAAUGUUUGCUGCCCUCUAUCUGUACUGUCAACACGUGCACGGUACCAUGGAGGAAGGAAUGGUCAAACACGUACCCAUGUGUACAUGUAAUGUGUGCGCGUACGGUACGGUGCACGUGAGCUGGAAGCGCGCUUUCAGUUUCAUAAAACGUAAACAAGAAGCACUUUGAAAUUGAAGUUUGAAGACUGGUGACCUCAACCAAGUGUCCAUUUAACCUCAACAAGGCAUGUCUUCACGUUCAAUCUACUGAAAUCAAGGCGAUUCUCAUUUUGUGUACUGAGGCCAAUCAGCAAUAUGGCGAGUUACCAUUCUGAUCCUGUGGAGGAUUUCCAAAAAACAAAGAAGAAGUACAAGAUGUACCAGGAAACUUUGAGAAAGAUUCCUGAAGAUGGAGUGCUUCUCGGCGAGAUCAUAAACAGCAACUUAACCAACUGCAAACAUGUCCAGAACCUCCUGGACAGUCUUGAGAGACUGACCAAGCCAAGGUCCUUCUGCUGUGGCGGCUGGGUUGAGCUGAUCCAAAACGAUGCUGACGCCAGGCUCCUGAUGCAUGCAAAUAUAAAGAAAAAUUAGUUUGGAUGGCCAAUCACCCAACUUCCUGUGGAAGAGCUUCUUGAGUUCUGCACUCCAGCUCCUUACGGAGAUCUUAAGAAACAGGAGACUGUGUACAAUCCCAAUGUCCGUCUGGCAUCCGAGUGCGAAGCCAGUAAGUUCAAGUUUGUCAAGAAAUCUGAUCCUAUGCCCAAGCCUGGGAAAAGAAAGAAGAUGGAAGCCCCUUCUCCAAAGAUUCUGGUCGACUACAGCCCAGGAUUUCUUCGCAUCAUCAGGAGCAAGGUGAGUUGCUCUCUUGCAAAUGAGGAGGAAGUCACUCUACAGUGCUACAAAUUAAAUGUCUAUAGCACUGGGGGCUUCUUCAGUGCUCACGUUGACACGCCUGUCGACGCAGCUCAGAUGAUCGGGACGGUGGUUGUGUGCUUACCUUGCCAACACACCGGAGGAGAGCUAAUUGUCAAGCACAAAGGAGCCAAGAAAGAGUUUCUCUUUGCCAACCUUUCUGCUGAUCAGGCGAAGGUCCAGUGGGCUGCCUUCUACUCUGACUGCGUGCAUGAAAUCCUGCCUGUAAAGUCAGGACAUCGCAUCACUGUCACCUAUAACGUCAUCCGAAAGAAACCCAGUCGGUCUGAAAGUGGAUAUGGUUACUGUAAAAAUCAGCACUUCUUCACAGGCCAGAAGAUCAAAGCCGAUCAAGAUGCAGCCUUGAACAACAUUGUUGCAGAUGUACUGAAAAUCACCGAGAAGAGACGGAAGCAAUUGGGCAUAUUCCUGCGACACAAGUACACCAUGUCAGCACUAGCCGAGGGCAUUCUCAAGGGUUUGGACCAGGUCCUAUGCGAUGGUCUGGCCUCCAGAGGUCUGACUUGUCACUUUCUGACAAUCCUCGUCCAGGAAAAGGAGAACUUGCCUGACGAGUACGACGAGUUGUACAGGGAUGAAGAAGAUGACGAGGGCAGGGUCUAUGCCUUCAGCCGAGAGGACAUGCUGUACGUCAACAAUGAAGGACCCAAACCUCAGCAUGCUGCUUGGAAGGCCAUGGAGUUCAUCAAAGACUGGAGCAAAGGCAAGCUCGUGGUACACAGGAAGGAAACGGAUGCGGAGAACUGCGGAAAUUAUACCCAGCCGGGAGCAGUGGAUCAGCUAUAUUUCCAGUCUACUGUCGUCAUCGGCAUCCCUGAGAGCUCUGAUGUUAAGCCACUAGAAGAAAACCGUGGAUGCUCUACCUCGGGCGAUGCUGAUGAUGCUGAUGUGAAAGACGAGGAAAGCGAUGAGGAAGACGAUGAGGAAAGUGAUGAGGAAGACUGUGAAAGACGAUGAUGAGGAAGACGAUGAAGAAGACUAGGAAGACAAUGGAGGAAGCUCAAGUGGGAGAAAAAGACCCAGGAUCAGCAGCUUCUGAGUAACCUGCAUCAUCUACCGGUAUAUAAGCCCUUUUCACACUAGAGCCUCUCAACCCAGGUUGAACUCAACCAUGGACGAACCCAGUGCCGCCCCAUGUUGAGUUUUUAAUUUCUCAACCUUGCAUCGUCUCACAAUUGUUUCAUGCAAAUCAAGCUUAUCAUGCUCAAUUACUACUGUUUCUAACCUUGGGAAGAAUUUCAACUCUGGUGUGAGCAGGGUUGAGUUCAUCCCAGGGUGAAAUCAAUCUCGGAGUUGAUGCAGGGUUGAAAAAAAAAAAUCUUUAAGUGUGCAACGAUGUACGUUUUCAACCCUGCAUCAACCCUGUGUCAACCCAAAAUUUCUCUAGUGUGAAUAGGGCUUUUAGGCUUCAGUGCAGUGAUACGUUUGAAAGUGAAACACUGGCUACAUCUGUCUGCCACAGUACCUAAUAUUACAUAAUUUACACAUGUACACAUACCAUCUUGAAAAACAUGAUUCUUGUUAAAAUCAGAAAAGAAUCAACUAAACGGUAGACCAUCCUUCUUUGGUAUUGUGGAUCGAACUGGGAAAAACGUAGUGAUUAAAAAUGAUUAUAAGACUAGUAAUAUUUUAACCAAACUACCCUUAAUUCACAGAAAACCCCUCCUGUGUUUUGCAAUGUGAUUUGGAUGAAUGCAGGACUGAAUGUGUAGAUCCCAGUUUUUAUCACGGACCUGAUUUUUGUUUGAAACAGUUUAAGCGAGUCAUAACAUACUCUCAGAUUGUUUUUACCACAUUUGGGAAAUAUCCUUGAAAAGUGCCGGGAAAGUUAUUGUUGAAAGAAAGCUUUUGACUAAUUCACCCAAGUAAUUGUGUUCCUCUAGUAAUGUGGUUUGAUUCCACCAAGCAAAAGUUUGAAAGAAGCUAACACUCAUUUUGAAUUUAAUCUUGUUGCAAUUUUUUGACAAUCAUAGAAAUGUUUUUACUAUAGUUAUAAAAGAAACUGUUUUACAUUUUGUAAAAUCCUUUGAAAAGAUAAAAGCAAACUCAAGUUGUUUUCUUUCUUAUUUGAUGUAUUGGUGUUAAUAAAAAUGGGGACGGCAUUAAAAAAGGGCCAGAAUAGGGACUUUUAAAAUUGAGGAAAUCUUCCACUGU